AUGUCAUGGCCAUUAAUUGACGGCAUUCGUGUGAGUCCUGAACCAGACGUCGUUAGUGGAGUGGUCAGAAAUGCUGUGUCGUAUCCAACCACGAGUUCACCCAUAGUGCAUCCUGUUCGUAUGGAAAAAAAUUCAUUCCUCAGUGAGGCAGGUGACAUCGGAGCAAACAUUCUUUUCAAAUAUGGUUUGGAUGGCACUCGAUUUGGAGAUUCCAAUCCAAUCACCUAUAUUUGGGAAAUUAUGGGAAAACCAAUUCCACCUGAAAUUUAUCAAAAUGCGAACAGUACCGAAACUGUAUGUUUUGGAAUUGCUUCCACAUAUGCUCAAGUGUGUUCUGGACAUAGUGUGAGUCUGGACACAUAUUCUUGUGUGGGAGGUCACAGCGGAAAUAAAUGUGCCACACCACCACCUUCGAAUGUGAUUACCUGUUAUGACAUUGUACAAGGAAAUUCAAGUGUUUGUUCUGGUCAUGAUACAUGCACUGCACGAGAUCAAUGCAUUUGCAAUUCAGGAUAA